AUGGCGCGGGCGCGGCUGGCGAAGGAGCGGCCCGCAAGCGUGCCUGGUAAGACAGCAGACCGGAGCCGGCCGCUCCACUUCGCCGCCUUCCUGCUGCUCGCCGACGCCGCGCUCGUCGCCCUCAUCGUCGCCUUCGUCCCGUAUACCAAGAUCGACUGGGACGCCUACAUGUCUCAGGUCGAUGCUUUUCGGGAGGGGGAGAGGGACUACACCAAGAUCGAGGGCGACACCGGGCCGCUGGUCUACCCGGCCGGCUUCCUCUACGUCUACUCCGCCAUCAAGUUCCUCACCGCCGGCCAAGUGUUCCCUGCUCAGAUUCUGUUCGGCGUCUUGUAUCUUGUCAACCUGAGCCUUGUUUUGCUGCUUUACGUCAAGACUGAAGUGCUUCCUUGGUGGGCUUUAGGUUUGCUUUGCUUAUCAAAGCGAGUUCACUCCAUCUUUGUGCUCCGUCUUUUCAACGAUUGCGUUGCUAUGACGUUGCUCCAUGCUGCUAUGGUCUUGAUUGUCUAUCACAAGUGGUACCUCGGCCUAAUUAUUUUCAGUGGAGCUGUCUCAGUUAAGAUGAACGUGCUCCUUUUUGCUCCAUCUUUGUUUCUACUAAUGUUGAAGGCCAUGAGUAUCAAAGGAGUUUUUCUUGCUUUGUUGGGAGCUGCAGGAGUACAGGUUUUGUUGGGCAUCCCAUUCUUGUUGUCACAUCCUGUUGAGUACAUCUCAAGAGCUUUCAAUCUUGGGCGUGUCUUCAUCCAUUUCUGGUCUGUCAACUUUAAGUUUGUUCCUGAGAAGUAUUUUGUAUCAAAAGAGCUAGCUAUUGGGCUAUUGAUUUUUCACCUCACUACUCUUAUGGUGUUUGCACACUUCAAGUGGUUUAAGCAUGAAGGUGGUUUGUUCCAUUUUGUGUAUUCCAGAUUUAGAGAUGCUACAUCAAUUCAACAGCUCAUUUCGUGCAAGCCUAGACAGUCCAUUCUCAGUAAAGAGCAUAUUGUGACUGUGAUGUUUGUUGGAAACUUCAUUGGCAUUGUGUGUGCCCGAUCAUUACAUUACCAGUUUUAUUCUUGGUACUUCUAUUCAUUGCCUUUUCUGUUGUGGAGAACACAGUUUCCAACAGUAGUAAGGAUCAUUUUGUUUGUUGUCGUGGAGCUCUGCUGGAACGUUUAUCCUUCUACCUCCUAUUCGUCACUACUUCUGUUGUUCGCGCACCUCUUCAUCUUGUUCGGCCUAUGGAGUUCGCCUGCUGAGUACCCCUAUGCCAAUAAAAAGGAAAAGGCGGACAGGGAGAGUAAAGAAUCGGGCAAGGCAAUGUGA